AUGUCCACCUCCGCAGCUCUCCUCGUUCUCGCCCUUGUGGUGGGUGCUGGUGCAGCACCAUGGGGAGGAAACACACCCAGAUGCUCUACGGAAUGUCCCGUCGCCGGCUCCCCUAAACUCUUCUACCAGCCAGAACACACCUACACCUACACCUACUCCGGAAAGUCCCACAUCCACCUGAAGGGCGUGGAAGGUGGAGUCACAGGGACGGAUUGGUCUUCACGAGUUGAACUAUCAUGGAUCACCCCCUGUGACAUGGUCAUCUUCAUUAAGGACUCCAAGGUGGAUGGUGCCACAGGCCAACCCACUGCCAAGUUCCUGGAGAAGUACCCGCUGGUGGUGGCCCUGACCGACGGCCGGGUUCAGCACGUGUGUACUCAUCCUGAAGACGACGUCUGGUCCAUCAACAUCAAGAAGGGCAUCGCCUCAGCCUUCCAGAACUCACUUCCUUCUAAUUCUACCAUCAACUCAGGACAAAACAUCACUGAGACGGACGUGGUAGGGAAGUGCCCAACACACUACGAGGUAGAGAGAGAAGGAGACAAGGUUAUUGUGAAGAAGGAGAAGAAUCACCGCUUGUGCAAGAAACGUUACCCCACCCCUGCCGAGACCCAGAUGCCCUGGCUCAAAGGUCCUCUCCCACUGGAAGAGUCCGAGUGUCGAUGUAAACAAGAGAUUACCAAUGGAAUCUACUCUUCCAUCAUCUGUCACGAUAAGAAAGUGGUCCGCCCCAGCUAUGGUGCCUAUAAGUAUGUUGAAGCCAAACAGGAGUCCACACUACGAUACGUCUCACUAUCCAGCCAACAACCACCUGCCAUCCCUCAAGGUAGUCUGGUCCGCAAGAGUCUCCGGUAUAGCUACCAUACGCUCAACAAGGACCCGUCCAUGGUAGCCGAGUUGGAUCAAACCAUGACUCAGAUCUGUGAGAAGACUAAAGAUGUUGUUGAGCGUGAUGCUGCUGCUCUGGUGGCCAAGGCUGUGCAGCUCCUGCGUCGUGUACCUGAGGAAGCUGUGAAACAAACAUUGGACAAAAUUCGUGCCAGACGUUACUGCCAAGACCACAGCAAACUCGAGAGCCUCUUCCUGGACGCUGUUUCCUUCAUCCACGAGUCUGGUGCUGUAAAGGUUAUGGUGGAUGAGCUGGUGAAUGGCCGGGCUACAGUAGGUCGCGCUGCACUUUACACUGCUGCCUUCUAUCUUCAACCCCGCCCAUGUAUCCAUGCCAUGAUGGCUCUGAAACCAAUGUUCGAAUCCUCCCAACCUCUGCCACGCGCCACCCUGGCUGCUGCCUCCAUGGUCAACACUUACUGUCGCCACAAUCAUCAUUGUUAUGAAGAAGCACCGGUUAAGAGUCUUGUUGAAGCUUUGGGUAAUAAACUACAACGCCAGUGUUCUCCUUCUGCUGAUGAACGGACUCAAAAAGCUGCCCUGGCAACACUCAAGGCUCUAGGUAACAUGGGAGUGAUGACCCAGGAGGUAGCCAGGUUUGUGAUGACGUGUGUGGAUACAGAAGGAGUCAAGAUCAAUGUCCGUGUGGCCGCCGCACAAGCCUUCAGACAAGUGAAAUGUGAACGCCACCAAACCGAACAUUUAGUCAAUAUUGCUGUUCAUCCUGCCAAGAACACAGAAGUUCGUAUUGCAUCCUAUCUUAUGGCAAUGAGAUGUGUUCAGCAGAAGGACCUGCAAAUGAUUGUCAACAAUACAUAUCACGAAGAAAACACUCAAGUUCGUGGAUUUAUUCUGAGUCACCUGCUGAACCUUCAGGACACCAACACACCACACAAGGAUUACCUCAGAUACCUCUUGACAAAUACUCUUCUUCCCAGGGACUAUAAGACUGACUUCAGGAAAUAUUCCCGCAACAUAGACAUGUCCUACUUCGCCCCGUCUCUCGGUGUUGGUGCUGGCGUUGAGUCCAACAUCAUCUACGUCCCUGGGUCCUUUGUGCCUCGUUCCGUUGACUUCAACUUCACUGCCGCCUUUGAGGGAAUCUCGAUGAACAUAGGCGAGGUUGGUGCCCGACUUGAAGGUCUAGAACCUGUCAUCGAGGAGGUGUUUGGACCUGAAGGUUACCUGCAGAGAACUAGUUUCAGCCAAAUUCUAACCGACAUGACUACAUUUGUUGAACAAAAGGGAAACAAAAUCCUCGAAAAACUCCAACAAGACUUGAGACAAAAAAGGUCCAUCGACCUCAGUACCUUAACAAACUUCCUCGGCAAACUUUACAGUGACCAAUCCAGAGUUACUCGUGCCGAUGUGUUCGCUCGCUUCAUGGGUCAGGAGAUAACCUUUGCUUCAUUAGCUGGAGACUUGAAGCAUAUCAGUGCUGACGAAAUGAUUGAAAGCUUCUUCUCAUACUUCGAUGACAUUCUUCCUCAGAUGAAGAACUUGCACAUCAAUUCAGCACGAACAGCUCAGAUAAACUUUGACUACACCUUCCCCACCAUCCAGGGCAUACCACUCAAACUUCAGCUGAAUGGAACAGCUGUUGCUGGACUGAAGAUGCAAGGAAACCUUAACCUCAUUGACAUCCUCUUUAACUGGAGGAAUGGGGAGAACCUCUUCAAGAUCAUUCCUAGUCUUUCUGUCCAAGUAGAUGGCUUCGUCGGCUACGACAGCUAUAACAGUAAAUUAGGACUCGAAAUGAGAAACACCAUCUCCAGCAGCAAUGGUGUCUCUAUUAUGGUCAAACCCAAGAAUGCUAAUGAACUGGAACUUCAUUUGGACGUCCCUGUGAAGAUGGACCUAAUUGAUGUGAAAAGCCAAAUAUACAUGAUGAAGCAAAUAAGAGGACAACCAAGAACUGAGAUCUCUCCUCCAUCCUCAGAGGGCGGCAGCGUUAGAUAUCAGUCAUGUAACACCAUUCUUGAGUCAUUACUUGGUUUGAAGUUCUGCUAUGACUUUAACUUCCCUAACCUCAUCCGUACCAGUUCUCUGCCUUUAAGCGAGCCAGUUGUUGCCAAACUAUUCGUUGAGAAAACUGAGCCUUCUAUGAAAGGAUAUCUUAUGACUGCAAACAUUCAGGGCGAAAGAAAUAAAAAAAUAAUUAAAAUAAAAGUAGAAACAUCCGGAUCUUCCUCACCAAGAGAAGCCCAAGUGAUAUUGUCCUAUACCAAGCAAGAGGAAUCCUACCAACUUUCUGCCGACAUUAAAUCUUCUUCCAUCAACAGCGAUAUCUCGACCACGAUCGUCAACAGACAAGGUCAUAAGGGCGUCGAGGUUUAUGCAAAAUUUAAGUCUAGUCAGACAGAAAUAUCCCGCGGAAUCAAAAUGGAUUAUAAGACAAUAUCAACGUCAAAUGAACAGAAAUACGGCAUUGAAGUUUAUGUUAGCAGAAGCAAAGAAUUCUCAUCGCAAUCACAAGUUAUCGAGGCCAAAUUUGCCAAGAAAGUUAACCAUCCCGAGAUUUCGUUGGACGUUUUACUCAAGACCAUGAAUGCUCUGAGAAAUUACCUUAACAUGCAUUUUGAGGUUGGAACCGACCUGACAUACACCCAGUACUCCCGGCUGCCUCUACCAACGAAACUGCGCAAGUUUGAGUUCCAGAGUGGCAUGAAAGACUGGCAAGUUACCUCCUUUAUCCGUCAGACAAAAGAGUCAGGCGAGAUGAGUGUAUACUCCUCUGUCUUCAAUAUAAAACGUAGUACCCAAGACAUGAUCGUUGCUGAAGCCAAACAUAAUAUAGAAGGAACAUUUGGCCAAAACUUGGUAGUAGAGACAGCUGUUACAGUCAAAAUGGGCAGUGCCGAGUACAAAGCUGCGUCCAACAUCCACUGUGAGAGAAACAAGAAGGGAAUUUCCAUGCAAAUGGUUCGUUCUGGUGAUGCCACGAAGGUCAUUGAACUGAAAGCUAUCAGUGACUACUCUGGCCAGUCAUAUAACGUUAAAAUGAUGUUGGAGAUGCCGGAGUGGAUUAGGACCAUCAAGUUCGAGAGCCGGGUGGUGGAGCAGGGACAGGAUAGUUACAUGGUUGAAGCUGCCCUUAAGCACGGAGAGAGCGUCAUUCUCCAUGUUCAAGGACCACUCACACUCAGGCUAACAUCUCAAGUUGUUCAGCUCCAGACUGAUAUGAAAAUCACGACCAUGACCAGUCAACAACUCAAGUUAACUUCCAUGUUUUUCUUUGGUGAAAACAAACAAAUGCUUUCAAUUGUAGUUAGCACACAGGAACCAAUCUUCAUUCUUGAGUGGAAUAUGAAAUCAGGCUCCUCCCAAGGCACCGUAAUAGGAGUCAGGUUCCUCCUUCCUGCCCUCAUAGACAACAAAGUUGACGCCAUCAUUCAAGAGAGACUUGGCCAUGUUAGUUUCAACACCCAGUUACUACCAAAGAGUUCGUCCGCUCGCAGAAUAAAGGGCUUUACUGAUAUUGACCUCCAAAAUAAGAAGUGGACCGCUGACUUCUCCUGGGACGCCGAUAAUGACCAAAAUAAGAAGAUCAGCUUAGACACCACCAUGAUCAGCAGCCCCUCCAACCCAGGACGAGCCUCCAUCCACGGAAACGUCAAGUACAUGGCCCAGAUGUACCACGUCAAGCUGGACGUCGACGCAGAGAAUCUUAUGCACUCCCGGUCCGGAGACAAUAAAUUUAAUUUCGAGGUGACGACGCCCUCUCAGAACACCAUUGACUUGAAUAUCAUUACCAAUUUUGAGUCAAGGUCCACCAAGGUAAACACUAAUUUCUUGUACAAAAACCAGCAGAACAACAAGGCAUACAAGUUAAUAAGUGCCAUAGACCUGGAGAAGCUUGGCAGUCCCUACAGCUACAAGCUCAAUUCUGAGCUCAGCUAUACAUCACCACAAGGCCAACAGACAACUUUGCACGCUGAAGCAAAACACCAAAUCACACCAGAAGAACGUGAAUUACACUACAAGGCAACUGUGACGUCUCCUGCCUUGACUAAGCCUCUUCAGGUAGAGAUGUCAACAGUCAACAAAGAAAACUCGUACAGUGUUAAGGCCAUGGCACAAGAGGACAUGUUCAUCUGGCACCUGGAGACUGUUCCUCAAGGUGGAGUUAAAACUCUUCAGAUGUCCGUAGAUGUAAAAUCUAUUCGUGACUUCAUGAAGACCGUGCGUAUGCUGGUUGGAGUAAACAGUGGGGAGCAAAUUGUCAUGCUAACUGAACAACGCGAGAGAACUGAAUACGGCAUCCACUACCACAAGCCCACACCCACCACCUACACUAUGCGAGUUGAGUAUCCAACCCGCACCAUAGAGGGUGAAGCUACAUACUCUCCCACAGAGGCAAGUGUCAAGGUAUAUCCCAACAAGAGAGAGAGUAACGCCAAAUACGAGUUAACUGGAAAGUCUUCUCACACGUACUGGGAUCAAAAGUCCAAGUUUGAAGGCCAUAUUAGCCACCCAAGUCUGACCAGGGACAUACGAGUAGAGGUUCAGUACUCGGUCACUGGAGAGAACAUGAGAGGCACCAUUGAGCUGGACAUCUUCCCUGACACAGCUGACAAAAUAACAGGCACUCUACAGUCAACCUUGGUCGCCAACAACACCGUUAGGGUGGAAACUUCAUUAACUUCUAAGAUGCUGAAGGUGAGCCCCAAGUUCAUCAUGGUGACGGCCUAUGCUCCCCAUACGGUUGGCUUUGACCUCAAGUUCCAGAAGUCUCCCUCUUCACCAGUAUCCUUCCAAAUGUCGGCCAAGUACGACCGAGUCACUGAUAAGGAUGCAACAGCAGCUUUCCGCGUGGUGACUGAGGAAGGCACCAUGGUGGACAUAGCUGGAGUGAUGGAGCGAAAGGAAGAACGUGGAUGCCAAGGUGUGAAGAUCAAGGGUGUGGCUCAAACUUCACUGCUCGGCAGCUACCAUAUUUACUCCAGGAUCUGUAGACCAGCCUUCAUCGAGCUAAUUACGAGCAAGCACGGCAGUCAGAUGGAAUACAUAACCAAGUUUGGCCUCCAAGAUCCUUAUAACAUUGAGCUCAGCAUGUCUGAGGGUGACAGGGAUCAACUACAGAGACGUGCCAUAGCCAUGGCCCGUGUACUACUUGCUUCCCCUACCAUUAUCGAUGUUGACUUGGCCUAUAAACCUGAGAAGGUGGCAGAGGUACAGAAUGAUGUCAAUGAAAAGUAUCAACGAGUGAUGCAGUCUCUCGACCGGUGGGUUAACAGUAUAUAUCAGUACCUGCAACAACAAGCUCAGCAACAAGGUAGUCACUUCCCUAACCCCGAGAUCCUCAAGUUGAUGAACGAAGCCAAACUUGACCUUCAACAAAUAUAUGAUGGUGUGAUUUAUGGUCAAGUUAUGCCUUGGUGUAAGGCUCUCUGUGAAGUCCUCUGGGGUCCUACAGUUACCCAUAUAAUUCAGGUAGUCAGCGAAAUACUAUCACAAGUGUACAGAGUACAACGAGACCUCCAAACUCGUAUUGUGCAGGAGACUGAAGCCUGGAAUGAGCAGUUCCGAGGACUUACUAACUUACUUAUCGAAUUUGUGGCACAAACUUCACACUGGAUGGAGAGCGGCGAGAUGCCACAGCCAGUGCGUCGCCUGAUGGAACAACUGGAACAAACGAGGAUCUUCAGGAUGAUAAUGAUGGAAAUGGACGCCAUGAGGGAGCAGUACCAGGAGGAGUACGAGGCCAUCAAACAGGUGGUGGCCAAGGUGAAGCACACACUCCAACAAGAUAUUCGCAAGAAUUUCGAAAGAAUCACAAGGAUUCCUGUCGUACAGCAGAACAUCAAGUGGAUCAUCCAGGAGUUCAGCCAAGAAAACAUGGUGGUCAAGAAGAUGGGACGGUACCUUAGUAAGAAGAUUCAAGGUGCCAUCUGGGGGGUUGCCAUCGAGACAAAAGAACAAGAAAUCUUACUCCAAAUUCCACUCUAUAGACCCGUUUACUCUUUGACUCAAGUCCUGCAGGAGAUGAAACUAACCCCAGUCUAUCUUCUUGAAAAACUGGCCAUGGUUUAUGACAGCUUCCUCCCCAUCCCUGUCAACAACUUGAUGUGGGCGUACUACUCGAUGAUGCCCCGUCAACUGACAGACAUGCUGCCCCCUUAUAACCGCACAGCCAUGGUUGUUGGUGACACAGAGAUCCUCACCUUUGACGGCGCUGUUCUCCGUGUACCUAGUUCACCGUGUAAGGUGGUGCUGGCUGCCUACGCCUCCAACAAGCUUACCAUGGCCCAUCCACAACCCUCAGCCCCACCACAGAUCACCUUAUCUACUCGCGCAACUACUGUCACCAUUAAGCCGGACUUCCGUGUUGACGUCGGCGGACAAGAGAUGAGCAGUUCACAACAAACUCAGGGUGAUGUCACCAUUCAGAAGACGCCCCGUGAAGUCAAUAUGACGUCACCCUUCAUAACAGUCCGAGUGUUCCGUGAAGAACGUGUGAUAUCCGUGAACGUGUCUGGCUGGACCUUCGGCCGCCUGGCGGGUCUCCUGGGUACUUACGAUGGUGAAGUGGGAAAUGAUUGGCUGAUGCCUUCUGGUAUCAGGGCUCCAAGUCUCCAGGAGUUGGUGUCAUCAUGGCAGGAGGACCAACACUGCCAAACUCCCGCCAUCUCUCCCGUCAACCCUGCCAACAUCUCACUACAAAAGAAGGUUCAGUGUCACGCACUACUGGGAGUUCGGUCCAGGUGCUACCCACUGGUUCAUCCGGAGCCCUUCAUCAAAAUGUGCUACGGCGCCCGCCAGCCUUGGGACGCUGCACAAGGCUACCGCGCAAUCUGCUCCAGGAAGGGUGUUGAGCUUAUGAUGCCCCUUGUCAACUGAGAACCACACAAGAGAUGUAUAAAUGAUUAACGCAGGACAACGCUACAAGCUUUAGUAUCGACGCAUCCACACUAUCUCUAG